UCAGCUCAUAAGGGCAGAAGGCAGCAGGGCCCUAAGGGAGUAGGAGACAUUGCCCAGGGGCAGGAGCAUAUGGCCCCCCAGAUGGGCAGAACCUGGGGUGUAGGUGGGGCAGAAAGACCGAGAACAAAACAACCUGCAGUUGGUCUUUAUAUCUUCAUUUAUUCUUCUGUGCCUCUACAUCCUGGCAUUCAAAAGAAUGAAGCUGCUGCUCUGUUUGGCUGCCUUUGGAACCAUGGGCCUUGUCUGGGGCUGCCAGCCCCCACCUAGAGCCCCAAAUCUUGCCAGAAAGGGGUCAGCGACCCAAAUAUCCACCUUCCCCCCCGACGCCUCCGCAGACAAAGCCAUUGAUGGGAAAAGGGACCCCGAUUAUUCCCACAAGUCCUGUUCCCAAACCAACAAUGAGCCGUCGCCCUGGUGGAGAUUGGACCUGAAAAGAACCUACAAAGUGUCAGUCGUGGUUGUUACUAACGGCAACCGGAACCCCGAGCUCCUCCUGGGGGCCCAGAUCCGAGUGGGAGACUCCCCCAAUAACAAUAACGACGUAUGCGCCAACAUCACCGACACGAGUCGCAACCCGAUCUCCAUCUGCUGCAACGAGCGAGCCGGGCGCUACCUCAGCGUGGGCAUCCCCGGGCGCAGCGCCACCCUCACCCUCUGCGAGGUGCAGGUCUAUGGCCGACUGGCCAGGAAGAAGACAUGUUAGUGGCCCUGCCACCGGGUUCUGUGGGCUCGGCCCAACUUUAUCCAUCUGUAUUUAUAUGGCACCAACAUAUUCCCUGGCGCUGUACAACAAACAGAUUCACAGAUGGAACAACUGAUCAAUAAUAAAUAUCUAACGUAGGAUCUACAGACCCUGUUAUAUAGCCCUUAGGCUGGGGGGAAAGAUUGCAUGCGAUUGGAUGUGGUUGAAUGAGAUUGGAUGUGGUUGGAUGAGAAUGGAUGUGGUUGGAUGUGAUUGGAUGUGGUUGAAUGAGAUUGGAUGUGGUUGGAUGAGAUUGGAUGUGGUUGGAUGAGAAUGGAUGUGGUUGGAUGUGAUUGGAUGUGGUUGAAUGAGAUUGGAUGUGGUUGAAUGAGAUUAGAUGUGGUUGGAUGAGAUUGGAUGUGGUUGAAUGAGAUUGGAUGUGGUUGAAUGAGAUUAGAUGUGGUUGGAUGAGAAUGGAUGUGGUUGGAUGUGAUUGGAUGUGGUUGAAUGAGAUUGGAUGUGGUUGGAUGAGAUUGGAUGUGGUUGAAUGAGAUUGGAUGUGGUUGAAUGAGAUUAGAUGUGGUUGGAUGUGAUUGGAUAUGAUUGGAUGUGGUUGAAAGAGAUUGGAUGUGGUUGGAUGAGAUUGGAUGUGGUUGGAUGAGAUUGACAUGUGGUUGGAUGGAUUGGAUUGAAUGAGAUGUGGUUGAAUGAGAUUAGAUGUGGUUGGAUGAGAUUUGAUGUGGUUGAUAUCGGUUGGUUGAUACAAUUACAGGAAUACCGUCCCCUAUGCCACAGGCCAAGGGUAUCGGGGUUCUGACCUGUUUCCCAGGAUCCUUCUGUUCUCUAGUUGUUCACAUUGUUUUGCCCCUGUGGCGCUGAAGCCACUAAAUCCCACGCUCUGAAAUAUAAAAGUGAGAGAAAGAGGCACAAACUGGGGCAGAUCCGGCAGCUUUGGGGCAAUA